AUGUCCAAUAUCGUAAAAGUGUUUAAUCCACCAGAAUCUAGAGAUUUGGAACCAAAAGAAUAUGAGAAUUGUCUUCCAUGUCAAAUAAUGGCCACAGUUACUGCUAUAGGUGCUGGUAUUUGGUUUACAAGUGGACAAUUAUUUGAUGAUUCAAAAUUAUCUAAAACUGAAAAUUUGAAAAAAAAUCCAAUUUGGUGGAGAUAUUUCAUUAGAGGAUCAGGUUAUGGAUUGAUUGGAUAUGGUGUUUUCAGAGGAACUGAAGGUUGGUUGUGGAAUGAUAAACCUGUUAAUGACGAGAAACGUAUAUAG